GCCGCCCCCGCCCCCGCCGCGCCAGAGCGAGGCUGGGCGUGCGGCGUCACGGCGACGGCCCCAAGCCGCGCCCCGGCACAGGCAGCGAGAGGGAGCGGAGCGGGCUCGGCCGGCGAGGCGGCGGCGGCGGCGGGGAGCGGAGGCGCUGUCCGGUGUUGAGGGUGAUUUAUCUCUUGCAUCAUGCGUGAAUACAAGCUAGUGGUUCUUGGUUCUGGAGGUGUUGGAAAGUCUGCUCUGACUGUACAGUUUGUUCAAGGAAUAUUUGUUGAAAAAUACGAUCCUACGAUAGAAGACUCCUACAGAAAGCAAGUUGAAGUAGAUGCACAACAGUGUAUGCUUGAAAUCUUAGAUACUGCAGGAACGGAACAGUUUACAGCAAUGAGAGACCUAUACAUGAAAAAUGGACAAGGUUUUGCAUUAGUAUAUUCCAUCACAGCACAGUCCACAUUUAAUGAUUUACAGGAUCUAAGAGAACAGAUUCUUCGAGUCAAAGACACUGAUGAUGUGCCUAUGAUUCUGGUUGGCAAUAAGUGCGACUUGGAAGAUGAAAGAGUUGUGGGAAAGGAACAAGGCCAGAACCUAGCAAGGCAAUGGAAUAACUGUGCGUUCUUAGAGUCUUCUGCAAAAUCAAAGAUAAAUGUUAACGAGAUCUUUUAUGACCUUGUGCGACAAAUUAACAGAAAAACUCCAGUGCCUGGAAAAGCACGCAAAAAGUCAUCAUGUCAGCUACUUUAAUACAUAGCUGUACUGUAGCUCUGAGCCAGGUCUGAAGAACUGUUGCCCAAUUCAACAGUGCCAGCAUUCCAACUUUAUUAAACCUACCAACAUCUUAAAUGGACUUUCCUGUGGUGGUACCCUUUAAGAAAUGGAUGAAAGCUACUACAUCAGUUUGCACAUUCUAAUCACUUUCCAGUGUCAUGAGAGAUUUUUACUUAUAAAUAUUCUAAGUGUAUGCAACUGGUAAAACCAGAGCCUACAUCCAGUAUUACCGAUAAGAGACAUUGUUCAUCCACCAAUGUUGUACAUGUAUGAAAACUGUGUACUGUAUACUUCAACAAUCCCCACUUUCUAUUGGAGAGUACAAUAAUGUAAAUCCUAAAAGCACCACUAUUUUAGCAUAAUAAAAGAAAGUCCAAAGAGCUCCUAUAUAGACUACUCCAGAUAACUUUGCUUCAUCGGUAUUUGUAGCUUAUUGUAACUUUUUUAAAGAAAUACAGGAUCAUCAUCAUCGUAUUGUACAAAAGCGCUUUGAUUAACACAACAGCUAUAUAGUUUUUUAAUUUUAGGAAAAACCUGUGGAGACAGUGAUCUAGUCUUUAAGAGUCCUUUCAGUAUAACGUCUGACUAAAGACAUGGCCUUUAAUAUCUGUUGGGAAGGAAAUGUCCAGACUUUUCAACCUUUUAUUGUAUGUUUCCUUUUCCUUGUUUACAUAGGGAACAAUGUUUAUAGUUGUGUGUACAGUGGGGGUCUACAACAAGAAGUGUAUAUUUUAAAACGAUUUUUUAAUGAUUUAACAAUUUUUUGUAAAUCAUUUUUGGGCUUCUGCAGCUGUAGAUUCUCACUGUGAAUUCCCUUGCUUGCUCAUGCAUAAGUGUAUUUGCAAUACCAAAUAUACAGGUUUAGUACUUUUGCCUGUUAGUGAUUGUUUUACAUGUGUAACGUUUUGGUUGAGAUGUUAAAUGGUGGAAGAGUACUGUGGAUGUGAAUGUGGGAAGUAAUUUUAAUCAUGUGUAAUUGGUCACAGGGCCUAAGUUGCAGUAAUUAACUUUUGCUGAUUUAUUUAACAAUGCCUUGUUGCUUUGUAUGCAUUAACGUUUGGGUGUAAAGAUUGUGUGUAUAUCCAACAGGGAGCCACAGUAUUUAAAUUGACCAACCUAAUGUUACAACUGCUUUGAGGUGGCCAAAUGUAAACUAAAAGCCUUAAUUAAAGUGGUGCAAUUUUGUAUGACUUAGCAUCAGUAGUUCAAUAAAUUUGGAUUGCCAUGCAAGGGCUUGCAUUACAGUUAUAUACUACUUCAAUGUUUUGUGUUUUAGUAGUGCUAGUAAAUACUGAUUUCAGAUCUCUUGCACAGUGCAAAUUCGUACAUCUUAGGACUAAAAGGAACCAUUAUGAUUUUGUCUUUUGACAAAUACAUGCCAUAGAUAUUUCUUCUAAUAGCAUCCCAUGUGUUAGGGUGGAUGAAUUUCUAACUGAAAGGAAUUCCACUUACAGUUUUAGAUUUGGAAUAUUCUAAGUUCUAACAUAAGGGAGAGUCUAACAGAAAAAUAUCUGUCUUCAAAAGGUUAGAUUAUCAGUGGCUAUUUUGGGAACUUGAAAAUAUGUUGACUGCUAUUUUCCUUAUUUUCAGGAAGAAUUCAUUGUUAAAAUUGACUUAGUGUAGCUAAAAAAAAAAUCUCUUGUGAGAAAAUAUGAUUUUUCUGCAUGGUCAAACCAUAUUUGUUUGGUUUCAAGGAAAUCUGCAGAAGAGCAUUCUUGUUGCAGUAUUGAGUGUAGAGUUUUGCAGACUUUAAAUAUCUUUUAACACUGUUGGACUGUGAAGUGGAAUGUGUGGACUGUGGAUGAUUUCCUGAUCUUGGAUGUGCUGCUGAAAAUUAAUGUCACACCCAAAUACUUGGUACCUCCUGUUUCUCUGGCACAGAAUUAUCAGAGCUUGUUCUAAUCCAUUCCUGCAAAUUCAAUCAGAUUAGGUUAGCUAAUACUGGUAAGCUUUGAGAUAGUUUACAUUGCCCAAAGUGAAUUAAGGAGACCAGCUGAUCCUUGCUGCUGGUAAUUUCAUCAGUCAUCACCGUUGUUUAAUGGAGAUUUAAUACACUCUUUCACUGUGAAGAGUCAGAGUUAAGACUGAAAUUCUUUUUAAAUUAUCAUUAGAAACCAGACAUGUGGUUGAUCCCCAUAAAUACCUCUUUUGGUACUCUGCAUCCUGACUGGUCCCCAGAGUAGAUGAGACUAGAGCACUGGAUGCUCUAGUUCUUUUUUUUCACUAGGUACUUUCCUCCUUGAUGAGCUAAUCAGUAUUUUUCCUCCUUUUAUUCAACCUCUGCUUAUUCAGGUCUUGCAACACUUUUAUGUCCCAGUUGUCUUUUUAUUAGUCUUUUUAAUAUGUUUCUUCCCCAGGCAACUGUACAGAUAGCAUUGGGUGGGAGGGAGAGAAAAGUCUAACAUCAGCAAGGGAGCCCUGGUCUGGUCUCAGUGUCCAGCCAAAGAGGACCGAUUACAGGGAAUAUCAGGCUUUGUCCUGAAAGCUCUGUACUGAACCAUUCUUGGUUGUGCUGUGGAAGAGUGAAUGUACAGUUCCUCCACAUUACAGGUCGUCAGGUGGAUCAAACCCCAGGGAAGUAAAAUUUUUCAGAAACUCUAGGCUUUACCAUCUAAAGAUUGUGCUAAAAAAGUGAAAUAAACUCCCUUCCACUCCCCUAUAUUUAGAAUUUAGGCCAGAUUAGUAAAGCCAAUGUAUCAUAACCCAGGUAAUACCUAAACCCCAGUAUAUUCUCCUUGAGAACGUAAGCUUCAAGGGAGCAGUGUCCUGGUUGUUAAAGGGAAGAUGCAUGGCAAAAUGUUGCUGAGGAAGUGAAGGACAUGAAGCGUAAGGAAAAACACAUGGAAGAAUUUUCUUCACAUCUAAGUAAUUGUGGCAUAAGAAGCUGUUCCUGCUGAGGAAGUGAACAUCCAGUUCCCCACAGGAAUUGGAACUAUGUAAGCAGUUACCAAUUCUAGAAAAGAAUUCUGUCUGCUGAAAUUUUUGAACAAACUUUUAUAUAUCUUCAGGAUAACUGCUUUGUGUACCAAUGCUUAAGAAGUUCAUGCUUGAACUGUUUGUACAGAAACAGAACACUUCUCAAAAAGCUUUGGAUGAAAACAUGCAUAAUUCAUAUUUUGAAAACUAAUGCGGUAAUUUUCCAAAUUCAGUGUUAAUACACAUGUAUUACUGCUUGUAAAGUUAGCUUAUGCUUACAGUGCACACAAAGGUUGUGACUGCUUUAUUUCUACCCUAAUCUGGAAUUGGUAUGUGUCAGUAUUUAAAUGUCUGAGCUUUCUGUGGAAAAAGUAAUGUUUGUGUCUGGAAAUAUAGAAGUAUUAUUUAAUGGUAUUGCACUCUUCAUAUUAGGACUCCCCUUGCAGUAUAAACUUUUCUUAUACCUUACCUUGUUCCUAAUGCCCUCUUUCAUUCUCAACUUACUCUGUGAAAUGAAUGUCUACUUGCUGAAUUUACAAGAGUAUUUUAAGACAUUGCAAGAUGUUUUCAGAUGUCCAAAUGAACUAACUGUAAGCUCAAACUACUAGUGCUCUUCUGCAUAAGAGAAUUUAACUUAGGAAAAAGUAUUCUAGAGCUAGAUACUAACUAAGUUUCUUUCAUAAUGCAUACUGAUAUCGCAAUGCUAGAAAGAGGAGGUGGGAGGAGCUUGGAAUUUGGAUUAAGUUGUGUUUUUUCUCCUUUUCUGGUGUAAAUAGAGUUGCAGUUUUCUCAUGAGUGAACACUAAAGAUGAAGUUUUUCUUCUUUUAAAAUGCUCUAAACAAACUAUGGAUGAAUCAAACUUGAUGUGUUUUCUCCAAGGUUUUCCAAUCUUUGUCAGUUUUGGAAAUAACUUGGGGAGAAAUUUUGCCACAAUACUGCACUAGUUCUAGAUAGACUUCAGUUUAGACGUAUCAACAAUAGAAAGUUUAUUUCUAGAUGUGAACGGUCAAAAAUAGUAGUCUCUAUACAGCUGUCUGUAGCACUUUUUAUAUUGUAAUAUGAAGAUGCAACCAAGCAUCAGCAUAGACGGAAAGCUUUUUGUCCAAUUUUAACUGCCGUUCCAGCAACAUCAGGCUGUACUUCAAUUUAUAGCUUUUGUUUUGACUGUGUAUGGGAAGGACAAUAAAAGAAAAAAAGUUGCUCAAAUAUGUAACAAAAUACAGUUGUACAUAGUUCUCUAAGGUAGUAUUAGAGAAGAAGAGCUCUUAAUCAAAUUUGGUUCUCAUUUCUGAGUCUCAAGCACCUUAUGCUUUGAAAGGUUUAUGAACAACUUUGAUUCUUAAAACCUGAUUUAACUUCUCAGUUCGAUAAAGUAAACUGAAAUAUUUGUUGCAAACUCUAUGUUCUUAGUCUGGAACUAUAAGCAAAGUUGUUUUGUAGUCUUGGUUUUGUUCUCAAUGUUGCAAUAUCUGGGCUUCAAACAACAGAUAAACAUGGAUUUUGCCACUUUUUUCUGUUUGGGGUUUUUGAGGGGUUGGUUUGUUUUUGUUUUUUUUUAAUACCCUCCAAAACCAUUUAUUUUCAGAAUUUUGAAUCAUCAAGCAGAGGGUGGCUUCCUGUUUUCAAUGAGAUGUUCUUUAGGGAAGGAUUUGUGAAUGGAGAAAGGAAUGUCUUCAUGACUCCACUGUACUCACUUCAGCCUCAAGAGAUACUAGUUCUGCCGAACAACAAGCUCUACAGCUUCACGGUUUUAAGAAAGUUCACUGCCACCAGGAUUACUUUUUUUUUUUUUUCUCUUUGAGGUUGUGGCUAGGGUGAACUACAUUUUCAAGGCAUUGUAAUUUCUGAUUAAUUCAUGUAACGUCUUUUGGCUACCAUAAACUUGGGAGGGAAGGGGCAUUUCUGCAAUCUGGGAUACUGAGUAAAAUUAUAGUAGAAGUUAGUUCCUCCUUUCAUCAGUAUACUUUACCUUUUCAUACUAUGUGGCAUUUUUACCUUAUACUUCUAAAUCUAGCAGGGAGGAGUCAGUAACUUCACUCCCAUACUAGGUACAAAAAUCUACAUGUGAAAUCCCAGCUCUCAUAAACUGGGUUUACUGUUUGUAACAUGCCCAAUACAACAAAGACCCUUGGUACUACUGUCAUGUUUUUCAGACACAAAUAAAAUGACAGUUACAAAAA